AUGUUAAAAAUUAUUAUGCCAACUAUCAUAUUACUACCUCUCACAUGACUAUCAAAAAAUAAUAUAAUCUGAAUCAAUACUACAACAUAUAGCCUGUUAAUUAGCCUACUAAGCCUAUCCUAUCUCAACCAGCAAAACGAUAAUAACAUAAACUUCUCCACAACUUUUUUCUCAGACCCACUAUCAGCCCCACUACUGGUCCUAACUACAUGACUACUACCCCUCAUACUCAUUGCCAGCCAAUUCCAUCUGUCAAACGAACACCCAACUCGAAAAAAACUUUAUAUUUCAAUAUUAAUCCUACUACAAAUAUUUCUGGUAAUAACAUUUACAGCAACAGAACUCAUUUUAUUCUACAUUCUAUUUGAAGCCACACUAGUACCAACACUGAUUAUUAUUACCCGAUGAGGAAACCAGACUGAACGACUAAAUGCCGGCAUGUACUUUUUAUUUUAUACUCUUAUAGGCUCCCUACCACUAUUAGUAGCACUUACCUAUCUACAAAACUCUACAGGAUCACUAAACCUGAUUAUCAUACAGCUACUCUCCAUACCACUGCCAAACGAAUGAGCCUCCAUUCUACUAUGACUAGCAUGCAUCAUAGCAUUUAUAGUAAAAAUACCACUAUAUGGCUUACACCUAUGACUACCAAAAGCACAUGUAGAAGCUCCAAUCGCAGGGUCCAUAGUUUUAGCAGCAAUCCUGCUAAAGCUGGGGGGCUACGGAAUAAUACGAAUUACAAUAAUCCUAUCACCACACACAAAUUUCAUAGCAUACCCAUUUAUGGCCCUAUCCCUAUGAGGAAUAGUUAUGACGAGCUCCAUCUGUCUACGACAGACAGAUCUAAAAUCACUAAUUGCUUACUCCUCAGUAAGUCAUAUAGCGUUAGUUAUUGUAGCCAUCAUAAUCCAGACACCAUGAAGCUACAUAGGAGCAACAGCCCUAAUAAUCGCACACGGCUUAACAUCAUCAAUACUAUUCUGCCUAGCCAACUCAAAUUACGAACGUAUUCACAGCCGAACAAUAAUCCUAGCACGUGGUUUACAAACCCUCCUACCACUAAUAGCAGCAUGAUGGUUAAUAGCAAGCCUAACAAACCUAGCCCUCCCACCGACAAUUAAUUUAAUUGGCGAGCUACUCGUAAUAUUAUCAUCCUUCUCAUGAUCAAAUAUUACAAUAAUCCUAAUGGGCCUAAACAUAGUAAUCACAGCCUUAUACUCCCUAUACAUAUUAAUCCAGACCCAACGAGGCAAAUACACACACCAUAUCAUUAAUAUCAACCCAUCAUUUACACGAGAGCACGCCCUAAUGGCAUUACACAUAAUCCCACUGCUCCUCUUAACCCUCAACCCAAAACUAAUUCUAGGGACUAUAUACU